AUGGAAGAAAGCCGUCGGACAAGUCCUACGCCUCAGAGUCCCACAGCACAACGGAGACUCCAAGCCUCUUGCAUUGAAGCAAAAGCCAACUGUUGUCCACGAAGCGUCCAGUUAGGGGGCACCGCAGAGGAUGCAAGUGGACUUUCCAAUGCUGCGCUUCCUGACUACAUUGAGACGCUCAAAAGAAAGGCGGAAGUUCUGGACGAUCAGUCUCGGCGCCGACGACCUCGUUUAUCAACCAACACGAGCGAUGGGAGACCAUCGCUGCCAUCCAAUAUCCCGACAGAUGCUGCACAUGAUAGUCCACAAACUUCCCACGACACUCCGUUGACGGAUCAAACCAGUCUCACUGAAAGAUCGGUGCAGGCGGCCAUGGGAGAGAUUGAAUUCCUGUCCCGCAAUGCUAUGGCAGAGCCCCGUGGUGAGGCAAGUAGGUUUCCCCAGGAACUAGCAAUAGGAAACAUGAUAAAAGCCACCCUUGCUAUUUCAGGGAAAGACCCAACACAGUCUUCAUUCACUUUGUCUCAGAAGUCAAAGUACAGGAACAUGUUGGGACAGACCCCUACACUUACCAGAGAGGUUGUGGCUGAUUGUAUGGGCCGUUUCUUUGGGCAUACAAAAGCCCUUUGCCCCUGUAUUAACGAGGAUGAGAUGCUAGAAUAUCGCGACUCUUUCUUCGAUGGUAGCCAUGUGUCUCAUACAAUUUCGUAUACCGCCUUCAGGGAUUUCAACGUGUAUAUGGCAACAGCUAUUGGGAUGCUACUGUCUCCAGAAUCUGGCAUCGAACUGUUCGCCAGCAGUUUGCACAGCACGGCCAUGCAGAGCUUCCCUACUAUCCUAGGCAGUAACGAUGACUUGAACAUGUUGCAUUCUAUGCAAUUGAUGAUCAUUUACUCAAUGUUCUCCUCGAUGGGGGGAUCCACAUGGCAUCUUGUUGGCCUCGCCAUGAAGAAGGCCAUAUCGUAUAGGUUCCAUAAAGAGCCGCUUUCCGACAUUGGAAUACCGGAGCAGAAGCUCAAUCGGAGAAGAAACAUAUUUUGGAACUUGUAUAUACUUGAUAGAACUAUUAGCUGCGCAAUGGACCGGCCAUUCAGCAUUGAAGAUGAAGAUGUUACGCUUCAGCUUCCAUCUCAUGGAGAUAUCAGUCCACCAGACGCGCUCGACUUUCCGGCCUCUUUGCAGAGUGCUCUGGUGCUUGCAGGAAUCAGCAGACAUGUCGCCCAGUUCGUUGACUUGCGGACCGGAAAGACUGCCUUCGGAGAAUACCCGCCGGACGGAAUCCGAACCACUCAGGCAUAUAUCAUAGCAGUCAUUGUCCAGCAAAGCAGUCAGAACAAUUUUAAUAUUGGCUUGACAAACUCACAGUGCAUAAUUACUCUUUCUCGAUCCAAGAUGGCACCCAGCAGAGACGACGAUUUGUUAUCUUCCCGCCAAACCGUUGCGGAUAAGCCAACGGUGUACCUUCUUGACACGUUCCCUCCCAAGGCAAUCGAACAUGCCAAAACACUAUUCAAUAUUAUCCAGCCUCAAGAUGAAGGGUUCCAAAAUUGGAGAGAGAAUGCGCGCGCUUUGUUAAUCCGAAGUUCGUAUUUUACUGCUGAGGAUGUCGCCAGUUGCCCGAAUCUCAUUGCGAUUGGCAAGCACGGAGUAGGAAUUGACAAGAUCGACCAGAAUGCCUGCGCAGAGAGAGGCAUCAAGAUCCUCAACACGCCUGGGGCGAACGCACGCGAUGUGGCAGAAUUGGUCGUUGCCCUUUCUCUGUCGGUUGCUCGUGGUAUCCGGUCCAUUACAACUCGCCAAAUGUCAAAGCCAGUCCCCAAGGAGACAUGUAAAGGGCUGACGUUGUACCAAAAGACUGUCGGGAUUAUCGGCAUGGGAAAUAUCGGACGGACUGUUGCCGAGAUAUUUCGGGGUGGCUUUCAGACCGACAUCAUCGCAUACGAUGCUUAUAUGCCGGAGGACAUAUGGACGCAUAUCCCGCACACUAGAGCCAGCAGCAUCGAUGAAGUUAUUACUCGGGCAGAUAUCCUCUCGGUCCAUGUCCCUCUCACUAAGGAGACACGAGACAUGAUUUCCUACGACAAGAUCUGCGUGAUGAAGCCUGAUGCCAUCCUUAUCAAUGCGGCUCGGGGAGGGAUUGUCAAUGAACAGGACCUCACACGGGCAUUGUCCGAAGGCCGUCUUUGGGGUGCCGGGCUAGACUGCCACGAACAGGAGCCUCCCAGUUAUGAGAAGUAUGGCCAGCUCUGGGAAAACUUGAAUGUGAUCAGUACACCGCACAUUGGAGCUGCCACAUCGAGGGCACAAUUAGCGAGUGCUACGGCGGCGAUUGACAAUUUGCACCAAUAUCUAGCUAGUUUGUGA